AUGAAGUACGAGCAACUUCCAAUUGCAAGGAUCAGCCUGUACAGUACAUCGCGUUUGCGUUCUCGUAUGAGGUCAAACCGAUCCUACUCUUUGUGGAUGAAGCACGGUUUAAAAAGCAGCGAACGCACACGCAUUUCGUACAUGCAGGCAACACCCCAAGUGGACACUUCAGGGCUCGUCGCGUGGUUGCCGUGGUUCGUGAAAAGAAUGCUUCUGAGAAUGGGACAGGCUGAAAUUUCGCCGACUGCUUAUCAAUUGGAGGCGCUCGAGUAAGUGUCGAGCAGGGCGUUGACAGGCCACGGUUCAAUGUGACCGUUUUAUCUGCUUGUCUGGGCUCCUUCGACAAGUUAUUUCAUCCAACAUUCGCAUUACUUCGGCUACUACGCUUAAGUGAUUCCUACAUAAAAUGACUCAUCCAUUAAUCUCUCAAGUGAGUCUUAAGACUUACGUAUAAUAUACAUUUUAUUUACAACGAAAAGAUUAAAUAAAACAAAUUCUGCUCUUGCUCUUUAUUAUUGAAUUUGAUAAAUGUCCGUCGAACCGCAUCGAGUUGGAAAAAAAAACCGAUAAAAUUUUUUUAUUUAUCUUCAACUCCAUUGACUGACUCAAGAGUCAAUAAUAAUUUGCAUAUACUGUGAAAAUUAUGCAGAUACAGUUCACAUAAAUAUUGUUCGUUACUAUCUUAAUGAAAAAAUAACUGAAAUAUAGUUAUACCGCUGGUACAGUACAAGUGGAAUAUUUUUCCAAUAGCUACCAAUGA